AUGGGUAAUGAAUGUAAAUCUGAUACUUCUUUUGAGGAAGAUUAUGAAUCAUUUGCAAAAAUGAGUGUUAAUCCAAGCAAUUCUUAUAAGAUAUUUUCUGAAACUUAUAAAAUGGAAAGAAAAGAAGACUUAUUUUUUAAUAUGAUUGAAAAGAUAGAACCUACUUUUAAUAUAACAAAUGAAUUUGAUAUAAAAAAGAGAACAAUAAGUUGUAUUGAAUAAUACACUGAAUAUAAAAGGAAAAAAGUAAAUUAAAAAAUCUAAAAAUCUGCAUUAAAAGAAUAUUCAAAUAACACAAAAUCAAAUAAGAAACAUAGUAAUAAAUCUGUGACAUGGGAUGCUUCAUGUUAAUAAUAAUAAUGA